AUGGUUACCGAUAAUCAAAUUUUGGAAUAUCAUGAUCCAUGUUCAUCUUCGGAGAGGUUUCUAAAGCCGAAAAAACCUGCGGGGAGGAAAAAGUUCAGAGAAACGCGCCACCCGAUAUACCGUGGUGUAAGAAAGAGGGAUUCUGGCAAGUGGGUGUGUGAAGUGAGAGAGCCUAACAAGAAAACCAGAAUCUGGCUAGGGACAUUUCUUACUCCUGAGAUGGCGGCGCGUGCGCAUGACGUUGCUGCGAUUGCGCUUAGAGGAGAGUCUGCUUGUCUUAAUUUUGCUGACUCUGCUUGGAGCUUGCCGGUCCCGGCUACGUCGAAUGCGAGAGAUAUCCAAAAGGCGGCGGCAGAGGCAGCGGAGGCUUUCCGGCCGGAGAGUAAGGUUCAGAACAGUGAGGAUAGUGAGGAGAGGAAGGAGAAUGAGUCGUCGACGGUGACGGUGGCAGGGGUGGAGACGGUGAUGGAGCAACGAGAGGAAGAAGAGGAUAGAGUGCCGGAGUAUUUGAGAAACAUGGUUCUUAUGUCACCUGCACGUUACUGGGGGAACCAGUUUUGUUUUGAUGACGUGGAAUUUGGUGAUACUGAAGUUUCAUUAUGGACUUAUUGA